CACGGAAACACCUGAUCAUUGCUUUGGGUCACCCCCGCCACGCUCUCUCAUCGCUUAUAAAGUCGCAGCUGGAACAUAUGGCUUCUGCUUCUCCUCGUCUGACACCUCUCUCUCCCUCUCUCCUGUUCGCUUUAGGGGGAGCGGAUAGGAACCAUCUCUGUGUGAACUGCAGGAGCUACUUUGAAGAGGUUGGUUCCUCUGCGAACAGGAAAUUCUAAGAAAAUGGAGCACAAUGAGACAGGAUGCCAAGCUCCUCCUGAAGCUCCCAAGCUUUGUGCCAACAACUGUGGAUUCUUUGGAAGUCCAGCAACCAUGAAUUUGUGUUCCAAGUGCCACAAGGACUUGGUGUUGAAGCAAGAACAAGCUAAAGUCGUUGCGGCAUCCAUUGAUAGUGCGGUGAAUGGCAACCCCUCUGAAAGUGGGAAGGGGCCUGUUGCUACUGCUGCUGUAGAUGUACAAGCUGGCCCCGCAGGUGUGAUGCUUAUCUCAACACAGGCAUCCUCUACUCCAUCUUUGAACAUUAAGAGGGAGGAGAAGGUGAAAGAGACUCCUACCAGGUGCGGCACUUGCAGGAAACGUGUUGGUCUAACUGGGUUCAGUUGCCGAUGUGGAGAUCUCUUUUGUGCAGUUCAUCGGUACUCUGAUAAACACAACUGCCCUUAUGAUUACCGGACUGCUGCUCAGGAUGCAAUAGCCAAAGCCAACCCGGUUGUCAAGGCGGAAAAGCUGGAUAAAAUCUGAUAAAAGUCUUGGAAUUACGAGGGUUUAAUCUUUUCAUGUAUUGCACACAUGCUCUCAUUUCUACCCAUGUGGCUUCUGCUUCUGUUUGAGUUGAUCUUGUUAUGUUAGGUCUCGUGUGUGAUAGAUGGUUGGAAGCUGUUGUGGGCAUUUUCAAAUGUCAGGAACGAUUGUGUGUAAUAAUCCCAGCCGUUCGUGAGGGCCGUGAGGCCGUCACGAGGCUUUGGUACCGAUGGUGUUUUGGACCUUGUUUA